AUAAUAUCUUCAUUUUCAAUUUUCAAUUUUCAAUUUCAAAUCCCCUGUUCUAUAAUGUUAUCAUCAUCAUCCUCAUUAUCAUCCUUCAAUUACUACUGAAAUCAAUCUCAGGAGAUGAAUCUUCCUUCAAGAUUUGGCGGGAACACCAUUCCAUUGCCGAAGCUCGGCAACUCUUUUCCAUACAAUCUACCUUCCUUAUCGUUCUUCAUUCCUUCACCAGCGACCGAUAACCGGAAAUGCUUCAGUUCGCGACAAUUUCGUCUUCGAACUAGGCAAGUGCUCUCCAUAAGGCGACGAAUCAUUUGCAGAGUAACGGAGAAAGAGACUGAACCAGACGGCGACAGUGACGAUGCCGAUGAUGCCGAGAAAGAACAAGUACAAGAAGAAGAUAGAAUUUCAGCUGAAAUUGAAUCAUUUUCACCUGUUCAGCAACAGGAUGAAGAAAAAGAAUCCAUUACAACAGAGAUGCUUCAAUCCAGUGAUGGUGAAGAUAUUAAAGCUCAAGCUGAAUCUCAGGAUGUUGAGAAUGUUGAAGUUGCUAGUGGAUCACCCCUUCCAGGUCUGAAGACCCAACAACUUGACGAGUCUUUCAGAAUACCAAAGGAAACAAUAGAGAUUCUCAAGAACCAAGUAUUUGGAUUUGACACCUUUUUUGUGACAAGCCAGGAGCCAUAUGAGGCAGGUGUACUUUUUAAGGGAAACUUAAGGGGGCAACCAGCUAAAAGUUAUGAAAAGAUAUCUAAGAGGAUGCAUGAAAAAUUUGAGGAUGUCUAUAAGCUUUUCCUUUUAGUAAAUCCUGAAGAUGAUAAGCCAAUAGCAGUUGUGGUUCCAAGAAAGACUCUGCAGCCAGAUACAACUGCCGUACCAGAAUGGUUUGCUGCAGGAUCUUUUGGAUUAGUUACACUAUUCACCUUACUUCUGCGAAACGUGCCUGCAUUGCAGUCAAACUUGUUAUCAACUUUUGACAAUCUUGAAUUAGUGAAAGAUGGGCUGCCUGGAGCCCUUGUUACUGCACUCAUUUUGGGCGUACAUGAAAUCAGCCACAUUUUGGUUGCCAAAAGCUGUGGAGUCAAGCUUGGAAUUCCAUAUUUUAUACCUAGCUGGCAGAUAGGUUCCUUUGGAGGUAUAACUAGGAUUCUAAAUAUUGUACCCAAACGCGAGGACCUUUUGAAGAUUGCUGCUGCAGGUCCACUAGCAGGCUUCUCCGUUGGUUUUAUUCUUUUUCUUUUAGGUUUCAUAAUUCCACCUGCUGAUGGGAUCGGUGUUAUAGUUGAUGCUUCUGUUUUUCACGAGUCAUUGCUUGUCGGCGGAAUAGCAAAGCUUCUGUUGGGCGAUGUUCUAAAGGAAGGCACUCAAUUAUCGGUAAACCCAUUACUUAUAUGGGCAUGGGCUGGAUUACUAAUCAAUGCCAUCAAUAGCAUCCCUGCUGGGGAACUUGAUGGUGGAAGAAUUGCUUUUUCCAUAUGGGGAAGAAAGGCUUCAGCUCGGCUCACAGCAGUUUCCAUUGGUCUACUAGGAUUGUCAUCGUUGUUUAAUGACGUUGCAUUUUACUGGGUAGUACUUAUAUACAUCUUGCAAAGAGGGCCAAUUUCUCCGCUUUCAGAAGAGAUUACAGAACCCGAUAACAAGAAUGUUGCGCUUGGAAUACUAGUUUUAGUCCUUGGUCUUCUGGUAUGUUUACCAUACCCUUUCCCCUUUACAGUUGUUGAAGAACUUUCGAGUUUUUAGCAUUACAACGCAUUUUGUGCUCUGCGUGUUAAAUAGGAUGAUAAUAUUAUCAUAUAGAUUGACCAAUAAUACAAACAUGUUUUCUUUGCAAUAUUGUUGUUGUAUAAGUUCAAUAUGUUAUGCAACUAAGGUAGUUUGUUUCGGUUAA